AUGUCUCCGCUGGCGGCAGUGGUAGUGGUGGUCGUGAUGCUGACUGCUGCUGGAGCUGUGGGCGGUGGACUGCCCGAUGCCGCGGAAGUUGGCGGCAAUGCGUGGCGCAGUGCUGAUGCUAUGCACCCCAUUCAGUCNAUCCCGUCAUACUGUUCCACCAUGCCGAGGCGUGGUAGCGAGACGAGCCACGUGGGGUGGUUGUUCAAUACGGAGGCGCAUCUGUUCCCUAACACAGCCGAGUGGUGGGGACCGUUGUCGGAAACUACCUUUUUUCUUGAUAACAAUGACACUAUUUUGUGGGGAACCGGUGGUGUGCCUCUGUUUUUUUCUGGAGAUGAUCGCGUUGGUUGUUAUAUUUUGGGUGAGAGCUACAACGUCGGUGCUGCAGUUGAUCUUCAUCUCCAGCGACUGAGUGUCAUUGACGAGUUGCUUCGUGGUCUCGAUGCUGCUUCUGACGCGAAUCAUAAGGAGGAUGCUGAAGCGGAUGUUUUUCCACACCGUUUCUACUGUGCCAACCAUGCGAUAAGCGAUAUAGAGAGAAUUUCCAGAUCCAUAUUUCGGUAA